UUCCUUAGCAUCUUAGAAUCUUUGUGAUUUUCCCUACAACUUCAUCAUCUACCCCUUCUCUCACGUAUCCUUACGUGUAUCUCUCUUGAACCCUACAAGAAACUUUACAAGAUCUAAUCGAACCCAUGACGGAAUCUCCAGUUCAGUCUUUGCCUCUGCCCGAUGGGGUCUACGUUCCCACCGUGGCUUUCUUUAAGGAAAAUGACGACAUAGACUUGGAAUCAACCCAGCGCCACGCUAUCCAUCUGGCCGAGGCUGGCGUUGCAGGUCUUGUCGUACAUGGGUCUAAUGGAGAAGCCGUUCAUUUAAGUAGGGAGGAACGUAGUCUCAUUAUUAAGACCACAAGAGCGGCGCUAGACGAGGCAGACCACCACCUCAUGCCAAUUAUCGCAGGCUGUGGUGCGCAGUCUACUCGCGAGACAAUCCAGCUAUGCCGUGAUGCGGCCAACGCUGGUGCUAACUAUGUCAUCUUACUUCCUCCCGCGUACUACGGUGGGCUCCUCGACACAUCCAAGAUUGUUCAGCAUUUCUACGAUGUCGCCGACUCCAGUCCGAUUCCAGUCAUGAUCUACAACUACCCCGGGGCUUGUUCUGGUCUGGACCUUUCCUCCGACGCAAUCCUUCAAAUCGCUAAGCACUCUAACGUCCACGGCGUUAAACUUACCUGCGGAAAUACAGGGAAAUUGGCUCGGGUUGUGGACGGGGCCAAACCCGGCUUCUUCGUCGCUGGAGGCAGCGCAGACUUCAUCCUGCAGGGUCUCGUCGUGGGUGGGCACGGGACGAUUGCUGGAACUGCCAACUUGGUACCUCGAGCCUGUGUUCGUAUCUGCGAGCUAUUCCAUGCAGGUGAGUUAAAGGAAGCAAGACGGCUGCAAGCGAUCGUUGCCAAAGCAGACUGGAUCGCCAUCCAGACCGGGUUUGCUGGAGUGAAGGCUGCCUUGCAGCACUUUGAGGGAUACGGCGGGGAACCACGGAAGCCAUGCGGGCUGCCAAGCGGCGAGCAUAUGAACAUGAUUACAAAUGGAUUCGAGGAGGUAAUGGCCCUGGAGCGGAGCUUGGCCUAGAGGAAAAUCUGGG